AUGAGGGCUAGUAUCGCCAGAUUGGAAAUUGCUUGUGAAAGAAAAAAGCUAAUCCGCUUUUCCGAAAAGGACGACCUGUUUCUGAUGCGAGAGGUUUUGGGGAAGAAUCCAUACAAAAACCGUGGACUAUGGCAGGAUAUUGGCGCUGCAAUGCCAAGUGGAUGUGAUGUCCGUCGAGUCAGAGAGAGAGCAAAAAAGAGAAGAAAAAAACCCGCCUCAUCACAAAAAAAAACUGGUGUCGAUGAAGCCUAUACCGAGAGGGAAGAACUCCUGGACGAUAUGUUGGAGCUGUCUGAGGAGGAGGAAAGGACGAGACAAAAGGAGAAUGACAGGGUGGAACGUGAGGAGCAGAGUGGCCAACAAAUUAGAAAAAGGGCCAUGAUAACUCUAAGCAAAAGGAAGUAUGGGAAUACCUCAGAUGAGUUCGAAUUUGAGGGUUCUAAGGAGGACACGCCAAGCGAAAGACCCCGGAAUCAGAAUAGCACUAGUGUCAUCACUAAUUACCUAAAGGAGAAAAAUGACACAGAAACCAACAUACGGCAACAGGAACUCCAGCUAAGGAAGGCAGAACUGGCAUUACAGAAAGAGCGGUUUAACCUAGAAAAGGAAGAAAGGCAGCAGCAGGCCAAGAUGAUGGCAGAUCUGCUUAGGGCAUUGAUUAAUAAAUAA